CAUGGUUCUGCAGUGUGUGGGGCCUGCUGAUGAAAGGGCAGGGAAGGAGGUGGAUUAUGGCACCUAAAAGUCCAGAAAGCUGUCUGUCUUUCUGUCUGGGCAUGCACAUAUGCAUCUCUCACUUGCAAGGUGGACGCAACCAGUGCCAGCCUGAAGGCAACCUUAUUUUUUAUUUAAAACAUUUCAUUUUUAUUUAUUUGGCUGUGCCAGUUCUUAGUUGCAGCAUGUGGACUCUUAGUUGUGGCAUGUGGUUCUCUGACCAGGAUUGAACCCAAGCCGCCUGCACUGGGAGACUGGAGUCUUAGCCUGGACUAAGUCCCGUAAAGGCAGCUUUAGAGUUCCAUACCAAUGGCCAGAUGGUACCUCUGUGUUUCAUUUGGGAAAAUUAAUCCCUUGCUCUGAGCCUCUGUCUUCCCCUUCACAGACUGGGAUAAUGGGUGUUCAUCUGACAAGGCUGUACUGAGAGUUAAGUAUGGUCAUUUAUUUAAACACAGCUCUAUUCUGAGUAGAACUUAUGAUUCUAAACUGAGAGGUCCCAGUGCCCAAGAAAAGAACUGUUCCACCAGGAAACACAGCUUGAUUUUAGGAACAGGAAGCUAAAACAUCUCUUGGACUUUGGGGUUCCUUGUGCUGCUAAACCAGCAGGCAAAGUAGGGGGUCACUGAACUGACCCUAGGAAAGUGACCUCAGUUGCCAUGGCCAGUUGGGUUUUGCCGCUACAGCACAGGAGGUGGGCAGGGAGUUUAUGCCUGGAGCCCAGGGGGUUUGCUGGGGCACCUCCCAGUACUCCCUAUCCCAAAGUCCUGGCCAGCCUGACUGUGGCAACCCAGUCAGAAGCAGACCACCGAGGACUCUGACCUCAAAGAAAUGAGGCUUGGUUCACCUUCAAGGUAAAGAGCCCUCCCCAGCCGAGGGUCAGGGGGAGGUGGGAUGGGUGGCAGAUAAAGAACCUGUGAUUCCAGACUGGAGCCUGAUGGCCAAGGACUCAGGUGAGAGGAUGGUCCAGUUGACUUUACCCUGCAGUGACUCAGUAGCUGAUGGGACUUCCAUGAACUGUGUUUUGGUUUGGGGACUACUUCUCACCAAGACAGUAGUGGAUGCCCCUGGCUUUCUGGCUUGGGAGACUAAUCUUUCUGGAACAUCAUUUUGCCCUGUUGCCCUCUGGCUUCCUAUCAAUUUUGGUCAAUGGUGGGAUCAGAGAGGAGGUGGGGGAUGGGAGGAGAGUGAGUUCCCUGCCCACGCGAGCCUAAGAACUGACCGCGUCUAUUGACAUAAAGUCACGGAACCCCUUGCAACACAGCCCGUUCUGUCCAGUUCUAGCUCUGAGUUCUGGGAACAUCCCUUCCCUCCCUCCCCAUGGUCACAAGCCCUGGGGUCCUGUCUUGAGCAUCUCUGGUGUCUUUCCCUACACCUAUGUGAACAGGUGCUUUAGCCAAGUCUCCCUCACAGCCUGUUGGAGGGUGUCACCAUCCUUUUACCCUGGUAGACCCCGGUGAACGCAGAUAGCAGCCGUGCAGAUAUGGGCUGUGGUCUGGAUGGGCUGAGUUUGGACAGGCGGACAGGGAAUUAGAGGCUGUAGUGGAAAGUUAGGAGACCAGGUGAAUGCUGAGUUCCCCCAGGUUGGCUGUUUAGCCUCUCUUGGCUUCUCUUAACUUCAAUAUGUAAUGAUAACAACCAGUAAUUAUUAUUAUCAUUGAAGAAUAUAAUUAUAUAUAUUGCACAUGUUAUAUUACAUCAUUAUAUUAUACUAUUAUAUCAUGUGAUGCAUACAGUUAUUAAAUAAUUAUAACUGUAUAAUUAUAAUAACUAGGAAUAAUAAUAAUGUCUCCACAACAGGAUGAAAUGAAUUUCAAGAUGGAAGGAGACUAAAUAAAGACCUGGCAUGUGAUAAGUUCUCAGUGAAGCUGUUUGUUCCCUCUCCAAGGCACACAGUAGGCUUUCAACUGAUGUUAGAUAAACCUGAAUGAGAGAGAGAAAGUGUGUGUGUGGAAGUGGGUAUGGGCCCAGGGGGUGGAUGAGGGUUGUGCUGGACAAGAGACAGGUCUGCCUGCAGAGGUCCUUGAAUCUGUACAGAGAUUUCAAUCCAGGGAACAUUCAGAAGCAUAUCUGUUUGGGUGAGGGGGAUGAGAUCAGAGAAGGCCUCCAAUACCAGGGUCGUUCUGUGAAGUCAAGGCGGGGCCUGGAAGUGCUUGGCAAAGACUUCUCUGAGGAAGGGAAAUUGUCUGGGCCAGACUGGAGGCAGGGAGGCCAGAAGGGGAGGAAGGUGUGGCUCACGGAGGGAAAGGACCAGGAACAGACACUGUGCCCCAUAUGAUGAUCUGGGCCUCCAGCCCUCUGGCCUCCACCCCUGAGAAGUCAGUGUCCAUUCAGGCCUGAAGCUCCCCUACACUGGACUGGAGGCCCACUGGGAGGCAUGACCUCUCCCGAGCUGAUCCACAAUUUGGAAGCACGUUGGUAUUUCAAAAUGAACACAGCACACAGGUUUAUAAGAGGAAUCUGGGACCAGGAGUAUAAAUUAGAAAUUGAUGCUACAGAGUCAGGCAUAGUCCCACAGUCCUAGGCAGGUGGACUUGGGGGUCUUUUUGCUUAUUCUUUGAGCAGAUAUUGGCUUCUUCCUUCUCUGUGCUGAGCAGUGGGCAGGAAAGAAGGCUGGGAGCAAAGAUGGACACAGGCUUCCGUGGCUGUCCUUGAGGAGGUGUUUGCUCCAUGUAAUUAAGGACAGCGGAUUGCUGAGAGCUCUUUCCUCACUUUUCAAUCACAAACAUUCCAUUAGUCACACUGCCUUGGAAGUCCUUUGACAGCCUCGUGGGUAGUUGACUCAAGAAUGGGCGCUGACUGGCAUGGUGCAGAAAAUUCCUGCUGCAGGCUGACGGCGUGGACAGUCUUGGAUGGAAAGGAGCUGUAUGCCCCGAGUGAGAGGUUGGGCAGAGACAGAAAUGGCCAGAGGGUUAGUUUAGGGUGAGGCCAGUGAGGCAGGCUUGUGCCAGUGCAGGAGCAGAUCUGAUCUUUAUUUAAAACUGUGAUAGUUUGUCUGUCAUGGAUCUCUUGGCAUGAACUUCGAUCUCAAGAAAUAUCACAUUAAGAUAUUCUUUACCUUGAUUACCGAAUGUUUUGGCCCCUUGAAAGUUUGCACCCGAGCCUAGUGCCUCACUGCCCUUGCCCUAGUUCUGGCUCUGCGUGCACUUACUUGCUUUACUCUUCAUCCCUGAAACCUGGCAGAGAUCAGGCCCUCCAGGAAGCUGCAGCAUGUUAUUUCUCCAGCUUCAUAAAAUUCCAGACCACAUUUCUGGGCACUUUCGUCAAAGAAGCGCCAAGAUAUGUGAGGGUCUCUCUACAAGACCGAGUGCCAGGGCUCCUUGAAGGCAGUGGGGCUGGUCCGUCUCCACCUAUGAACUCACCUGUGGCUUUUGAGAAAUCCCUUAAGCAAUCUGGUCUCCACUUCUCCAUUGGCAAAAUGAGGGGAUGGGACAGAUGUUCUUACCUGAGGCUCAGUCUUCUGUGUUGCUCUGCAUUCCCUGGUGGACUGUGGGGGAGAGACCAUGGCAGGCACAUGCCCAGGCCAGCCCCUCUUGAGAGUCAUGGACUGAGAAAAGAGGAGGAGCCAGGGCACAGAGGGAAGAAGCAGCUUGAUCAAGGAGUCACAUCGGGUCAUGGCUGGAGGCUGGGAUGUGAAGGGCAAAGAGAGAGAAACUGGAAGACAAAGAGGCCCUGGAUCUUGACUUACGCACUCUGGUGUGUCACUUCUCUUCUCUCACUAGGAUGCCGAGUCUCUGGAAGCAUCAGUGUUUCCUUUGCUCCAUGCUUGAUCGCCAGCAUCCAGGACAGGGCUUGGUGGUACCUCGGGAAACAUUUGUUUAGGAAUAUAUUGAACUAUUUAAGUACAUUCUCAGCAGAUUCUAAUAUAGAAAUAAAAAUAAAUUCCAGCAACUUGAGGUUCUUGGGUGGUUCGUUCUGUCUAGUUGAGGUUUUCUAUUUCAGGCUUGUUGUGCGGGAACGUCACUGUGGUCUGCGCCAGGAACCAAGGGGAGGCUCAUGGCUUCUUCAGUGAGGGAGUUUCUGAAUAGCCUCUGACCAAAUAAUAUUGGAAAACCCUCAAAAUAUGCAUACACAUCAAGUGUGAACACUAUACAACCAUAAUCAAAACCUGAGCUCUUUCUUUCUCUUUCUUUUUUUCUUUCUUUCUUUUUUUUUUAAGCAUCAAG